AUGAACGGCCAUAACAUUGGUAUCGUUGGUGCGGGCGUCGCUGGGUUGUAUUCUGCACUUCUCCUACAGGAAAAGGGAUACACGGUGAAAAUCUUUGAAGCCGCUGACCGAGUGGGUGGCCGCGUUAAAACGCACCACUUCACGACGGACGAAAACCAGUAUUAUGAGGCGGGCGCAAUGCGAAUUCCCGUUACAAAAUUACAGGACACAAUCUUUUCACUUAUUAGAUAUGUCAACAGUCAUGAAAGACUUCCGCAAACAAUGGCCAUCCGAUUGAUUGACUAUAUUUGUCAUCACGAAGGAAACUAUUCAUAUUUUGGAUCUGCAAUGUCUCGACUUCCGGUAAAAGAUGUCACGCCCGCCAACGCAGGUUGGAUAGAUGUCCCUGAGCCGUAUCGAAACAGGAGUGCCGGGGACCUACUGGACAGCGCACUUCAGGAACUGACUAAAGGCCUUGAUAAUGAUUUCAAUGACAGAAUUGAAUGGAUUAUCAAGAACCACGACCAAUGUACCCUCCGGUGCUAUCUGAUAGAGCACAAGAACUGGCCGCCUUCUGUUGUCUCCUUUCUUGAAACAACGCUUUUUUACCCUAAUGCAUUUUCUUGCAGUAUCGUCGAUGUAUGCAUAAAGAAUGUGCAUUUUAGCUCAGAAAGCUGGAAAACGAUAGACCAAGGAAUGAGCCGCUUGACUGAUGCGAUGGCCUAUCUAGUUGGACACGAGAAUAUCACUCUUGAGGCUAAUGUAACAGAGCUUAUCAACAGUGAUAACCAAAGAGUUGCCGUUAAAGCUCAAUGUUCUGAUAGGGUUAUCAGCGCGGAAUUUGAUCGGGUCAUACUGGCUAUACCACCACCUGCACUGAGAUCAAUAACUAGUAGGCCACGCUGGUCAACCAGAAAACAGUUGGCCAUACGUUCACUGAUUAUGGAACCGGCAUACAAAAUUGGACUGCGCUUCAAAACUAGAUUUUGGGAGCAGUUAUCGUCCGGAGGUAGCAUGGGUGGACAAAGUGAAACUGACCUCCCUAUUAGACUUCUCAUGUAUCCAUCUUAUGGUAUAGGGACCGGCGGGCCAGGCGUGUUGAUUAUUUACCCGUGGUUUACGGAUGGCCAAAGCUGGGUCUCCCUCACUGCGGAGCAGCGUCAGGGACUUGCUCUAGAUUUUAUUGCAGAGGUAUAUCAGGACCAAUGUGAUCGGUACGGUAAUAGGAUUGAUGUUCACAAGCAAUUCAUCGAGGCAUCAGAAAUCUUAUGGUCUGAGUCAACAGGAAGUGGAUUGACAGCGCCUCGACCAGGGCACCUAUCAACUCACCUGGAAUGGGCCAGGAAUGCUGAGAAUAACAUCUUCUUUGCCGGUGGCCAUCUGUCUUACCACUAUGACUGGAUUCUGGGUGCUGCGCUGUCGGCAGUACAGGUAGUCAAGGACAUACUACAAGCAGAUGUACAACCUUUGAGUGAUGUGUCCAUGGAUCAAAAGUCAAGGUCAUAG